AGAGAGGAACAAUGAGAGAGACAGACACAGAGUGAGAGAGACAAGACCAAACAUGAACAUGAACAUGAACAUGGACCUUAACCCCAUCGAGCAUCUUCCCCUUCGUCUCCACAGAUCCGAGGUGGUCACACCCGCCCCAACAUUUUCUGAAUCCACCGUCGAUUUUCUACCUGACUUUUGCGGCUACUCAUGGAUCGCUUAUGGAGCUUCUUCCGUUCUCGUCAUCACUCACUUCCCUUCUCCUCUCUCCACCAAUCAAACCCGCAUCGGUCCCAUUUUCCGUCAAGUCUUCGAGCUCUCCGCCGAUCGCUCCUCCCCCGUCGCCGCCGUCUCUUGGUCUCCCCACACCCCUUCUUCCGGUGACCUCGCCGCUGCUGCCGAAAAUUGCAUCUGGGUUUUCCACCAUGAUUCUGCAACGUCUAAUGGUUCUUUUUGUUGGAGCCAGAAUGCAGUGCUUGUACAACAUACAAAAGUGGGGACCAUCAGAUGGACAGGAUCAGGGGAUGGAAUAAUUUCUGGUGGAAUGGAGGUAAUUUUCUGGAAAAAGAGUAACAGGUGUUGGGAAAUUGCUUGGAAGUUCAAAGCUGAUCAACCCCAAACUCUUGUUUGUGCAACCUGGUCUAUUGAGGGCCCUUCAGCAACUGCAGCACAUCCUAAUAAAGAACAUAUGGAAGGGCCCUUAAUCAAUGAGGUAAGCAAAUGUGUGUUAGUAUUUCAAAGCAAUGGACUAUCUGAAUAUUCAAAAGUCAAAUUGCACCAUCCUCUACCUGUCAUAAUGAUUCAAUGGAGACCAUCAAGAGGAAAGCUAUCAAACAGACAUGGUAGGCAUUCAGUAAGGCAUGUAUUACUGACAUGCUGCUUAGAUGGAACUGCAAGGUUAUGGAGUGAGAUUGAUAAUGGAAAGGCCAAGAGGGCUGGGAAGGACAUCAUUGAUCAGAAGAACUUGGGGCGCUCUUUUUGUGUUGUUGCUGUUAUUGAGAUUAAUCAGGCCUUAAAUGGAACUCUCGGAUCAGAUAUAUUUGUAACAUGGGGAACAGAAAUUGAGGGAAUAUUUAGAAUUGGUGAAGGAGCCAAACAAGUUUUUUCCAAAGAAGAAUUUGGGCACGAUGUUAGAAAAUGCGAUUGGUUAGUUGGUUUUGGUCCUGGAAUGUUGCUUAGCUUUUGGGCUGUCCACUGUCUUGAUGAUGUCUCCCCACUGAGAUUUCCCCGAGUUACGUUAUGGAUAAGACAUGAAAUCCAGGGUGACGACAUAGGAAACGUUUAUAAGUGUGACUCAUCUGAUUUCAAAAACGCAUUACUUCUGCACAAAGUCAUUAUAUUGAGAAACUGCUUGUCUGGCCCUCCGAUCUUAUGCUCUCCACUUCAGUUAUUACAUUGUAACUCCUUAGUUUGGUCAUUUUUCCCUGUUCAAACAGUACAUGAUGCUGAGGAGAACUCCCUUGAUAAUAACACAGAUAACAUCUCCUCCCAUUUGACUGGUGGAGUUUUAAACUUAGAUGGUCACAGCGGGAAAAUUUUAAAGGUUUCAAUUCAUCCUUAUAUAUGCAAAGUUCAAUUUGCUGCUUCUCUGGAUUCUAAUGGGCUGCUUCUUUUUUGGUCACUUUCGAACAUUUCAAACUGCAUUUUGGGAUGUCCAACUUUAGUUCCUACUUGGGAACUAUGCGGAAAGCUUGCAACUCAAGACUCAUGCUCCAUAUAUACAAGCUUGAGGUGGGCACCUUCAAUACUUGAUGACAAACUGGUUUUUUUUAUGGGACAUGCCAGGGGGAUUGAUUGCUUCAUAGUCAAUAUUCGUCGAACUGAAGAAGAAAACAUAGAAUGUCACUAUGUAUGCACUAUUCCUUUCAGUGGUCAUGGUCCUUAUGAGGAUGGCCCAUCUGAUAUCUUUGCAAUUCCUUUGAACUCUACUUGUAAUAAAACAUUUCGUAAUAGUAAACUUAUGCUAUUGGCAAUUUGGAUGGGGAGAUUUCAGGCCCUGUCAUGGGAAGUUAACUUGCACUCAUUUGACAUGUCAACAAGCUGUUGUGAUUGCGAUUUUGAUGCCAAAAGCCUAGAGGACUGCGGUGUUUGGGCAUUUGAAAGUACAUUUGCUAGUAAAAGAUAUUGCGUUACUGUAAAUCCAUGUUCAUCUGAGUUUCCAAGUUCCAAUGAUGUAGUUACUAGUUUUGCGGUGGCUGAUCCAGGAACUUUGAGCCAUAGACAACAAGAGUUUGGCUUUACAAAUGAUCUUUGUAGUAGUUAUCCUACAUAUAUCAUGGCCACAGGUUGCUCUGAUGGCAGCUUGAAACUUUGGAGAAGCAACCCAGGCAACCCAUUGACCCUACACUUGCCAUGGGAGCUUGUGGGUAUGUUUGUUGCACAUAACGGUCCCGUCAAGGGUAUAUGUUUCACUGAUUGUGGUCAGAAGAUUGCUACGUUCUGCAACAUAAGCAAUUCAAAUGCUGUCAAUACCAUCCAUAUAUGGGAUGCUGUAAAUUUGAUCAGUGCAGGGACUUUUAUUUUGGAAGAUAAACUAACGCCUGAAAGUGAUGUUAUUACUCUAAAUUGGUUAACUUUAGGGACUGGUGAAUUAUUGCUUGGAGUUUGUUUGCAAAAUGAAUUGCAAGUAUAUGCUCCGAGGCGUUAUGAUGGUCUGACUUUGUCAAACUCUGUAAAUUUUUCAAAAAUAAAUAUAUGGGUUCGCAUUGCAUUUGCUCACACUUCCCUUCCAAUUUAUGAUUUCUUAUGGGCACCCAGAGCUGCUGCAGUGGUAAUUCAUGGAAAUUACUUCAGUAUAUAUAGUCAUUGGUUGUUCCACAGGGAUGAAAAGCAAAUGAAUAAUUAUCGUUCUUGUGAUUCAAAGCCAAAUGCCUAUAAUUGCAAUGUAGCUGUAAUAAUUAGUGGAUCUUUACCUACUUAUCACCCUGAUGUACUCCUUACUAAUAUAAGUUCAGGCAACUGGAAACGUGCUUAUAUAGCUGUGAGGCAUCUUGUUGAAUGCCUGACUUCUGAUUACGAAUCUAAAAAGAGACACUUCUCCAAAAAGACGGGUCUUCCAAAUAUCAUAUUGUCAUAUUAUAUAGAAGGCCAUAUAUCAAAAGGUUCCGAAGAUAAGGGGUUCCCAUGGAGUGGGGAUGCUGCUUCAAUCACAUCAGUUUCACAGGCUCAAAGUAGCUUGAUCCAGUUUCCGUAUCAUUCAGGUUCCAGUGCUGAAAAUAAAAGCAUUUCCACCUCAACCAGAUCUGAGCUUAAUGUCUUUAUUGAAUCUCUUGAGAAUUUGCCUGAUUUACCACUAUUGAUCAACAUAGAGAAGACACAGAUUCUUGCAAUCAUUGAUCUGCUCAGUGAAGUUAGUAAUCCACACUCAUCUUCUGCAUAUCAAAGUCUUGAUGAACCUGGUCGAAGGUUUUGGGUUGCACUGAGGUUUCAGCAACUACUUUUUCACCGAAAGUUUGCUAGAGCUGCAUCUUUGGAAGAGUUGCUUGUUAACUCAAGGUUGUUUGUAUGGGCUUACCACUCCGAUUGCCUAGAAAAUUUAUUUGGUUCUGUCAUACCCAAUGAACCGUCAUGGCAAGAAAUGCGUGCUUUGGGUAUGGGCUUUUGGUAUGCUAGUAUACCUCAAUUGCGUUCAAGGAUGGAGAAAUUGGCAAGAGCACAAUAUUUGAAGAACAAAAAUCCGAAGGAUUGUGCAUUGUUGUAUAUCGCACUGAAUAGAAUUCAAGUUUUGGCUGGCCUUUUCAAAAUCAGUAAGGAUGAAAAGGACAAGCCUUUAGUUGGUUUUCUUUCACGCAAUUUUCAGGAUGAGAAAAAUAAAGCUGCUGCUUUAAAAAAUGCUUAUGUCUUAUUGGGAAAGCAUCAGCUGGAAUUAGCAAUUGCUUUCUUUUUGCUUGGAGGUGAUCAUUCUUCUGCUAUUAAUAUUUGUGCUAAGAACCUUGGGGAUGAACAGCUUGCACUAGUUAUUUGUCGUCUUGUGGAGGGCCAUGGCGGACCAUUGGAGCAUCACCUUAUUACGAAGUACAUACUUCCUUCUGCGAUUGAUAAAGGAGACUACUGGCUUGCAAGCCUUCUGGAGUGGGAAAUGGGUAAUUACUAUCAAUCUUUUGAUAGAAUGCUAGAAUUUUCAGUGGAUCCUGUGGCUCGGCAGUCCACCUUCAUGUCCAAUUGCAGUCCUUUUCUGGACCCGACUGUUGGUUUUUAUUGCCAAAUGCUAGCAACAAAAAAUAGCAUGCGGAAUGCUGUAGGGGAGCAAAAUUCUGCUAUCCUUUUAAGGUGGGCAACUUUGAUGACAGUUACUUCCUUAAAAAGAUGCGGUAAUCCUCUUGAGGCAUUGGAGCAUUUCUCAUCUUCACCGAGCAUGCUUGGGACUGCAGAUCAAGGGAGUGAAUUAGGUGACAGACAUGAUGUGCUGUCCACCGCUUUAAAGCCUUCGCCAAGAAAAUCCUCUAACUGGUUAUCUGCUGAUGUGUCUGUGCAUUUGGAAUUCCAAAUUAAAUUGAAUUUGGCACUUCACUACUUAUCGAAAUUGAUAAGAGAGCAUCCAAGUUGGCCUGACACUUUUGCUGAAUCUAAUGAGGAAGCUUCUUAUUUUGAUGAGUACAUGAUGCAAUAUGAGGAAUCAGUUGAGAGUUUUAAACAAAAGUUAUACACAGGGCUUUCUCUAUUUGAACAGAGAUUUUCAUUGGCUCCGCCCUGUCUAAUCAGUAUGAUUUUGCUCUUACUCUGCCGUCAUGGAUUAUUGUACAUUGGAUGUGAUAUGACACAUGGAUGUACUCCUGGAGAGAUAUCUCUAAAGAGUGAUAUAUUUGAUGCUUCCAAUUUAUGUCACUCUCAGUUUAAACCCCUCUUCCAGACUGCAGAAGAAAUCUCCUUUUUGUAUUCAAGAUUUUUUACUGCCUGCAGCAUGGAACAUUCUCCACAAAGUUCAACUUUUCUUGAGAAAGGUGCAUCUACUGAGAGUAGAUCUAAGUUUUUGGAUGCUACACAGGGUCAUUUUGAAGGUCUUCUGAUUUCAUUGCGGUAUUUAAGAGCCAUUUUGAGGAUCCAGUUGAGUUCUGUUAGCAAAGAUGUUAUCAAAGAACAUGUUGAUAUCCUUGAUUUAUUUGAGUACUAUUUACAUUUUUCAUUAGCUUGGCUUCAAAGAAACUCAGAAGCUCUUUUAUAUAUGGUGGAACCUUUCUUGAUUGCUCAUGCUAAUGGUUGUAAUCCUUAUGAGGUUGAUAUGGUGAAUCUGAAGAAGCUUAUCCCAAAAAUUGCAGAGUUGUUGGCUCAAAAAUCUUUGGUAACUAACAUCCAAAACCUCCAAGUAUCCAAAUGUGCAGAAGAUAAACAAGUUGCAGAUAUAAAGCAUUCAAUUCCUGAUGAUGAAAGAUGGAAGAUUCUAGGGACCUGCUUGUGGCAACAUAUGUCUAGAUUCAUGAUAUCUAAUUUGAAUUCGGUUCUUGCUAAACUUGAAGAUGGUGAUUUGUCCAGUUCUUUCAAUAGAAAAUAUGCUUAUAGGGAGUCUACUCUUCUAUGUAUGGAUUCUGAUAACGUCAGCUUGCCAGAGCAGAUUCGAUUAGUCUUGUUUAGCUUAUGUGAUUUACUGAUGACAACAGUUACUCACAUUUCUUCUUAUCAUGUUAAACAACUUGCGGAAUUUCUGUGGCAGAAAUUGGAGAAUGAUUUGAAUGUAAUGACUCUUGAAUGGUUAAAACAACCAAGUCAAUCAGAAUCCAAUCAGAACAAAAACCUAGAAGUUUUGGAACUGGUGAACAGGAAAGAUAACUAUUCAGUUCAUCAGUUAUUAUGGGAUCGCUGUGCUGAUCUAAAAUUGAUAUCUGACUGCUUUGCACAGGAAAAACUCAAUUGGUCAGAUGAUUUGGAUCAUAUACCUACUAAAGGAUGGAAUGAUCUGUAUAUAAUUAUGACAGGACUGCAUAAAACUGAUGGUACCCAUGAUAAUAAAAGUAAACUUAGCCCUAGAACUUCUAAUCUUGAAGUUGGAUCUCCUGUUCAAGGAAUGUUUCUAAAUGGCCAUGCUUCUACAAGAUCCAACCAGAAAGAUAUAACGAGUACACAUGUUGCAGUUUUCCAUAGUCCCAGAGAGAUGUACAAGAGAAAUGGAGAACUUUUGGAGGCACUGUGCAUAAACUCUACAAAUCAACAGGAAGCUGCAGUUGCUACCAACCGGAAGGGCAUAGUAUUCUUUGAUCUGGAAGAUGGAAGUCCUUUUAGUGGUAAAUCAGACCUUUUGUGGGCCAAGGCUGAUUGGCCACAAAAUGGGUGGGCAGGUUCUGAAUCCACUCCUGCUCCGACGUGCGUUUCUCCCGGUGUUGGCCUUGGGAGCAAGAAAGGGGCACACCUUGGGCUGGGUGGAGCAACUGUUGGUGUGGGUUCUUCGGCUUGGCCCAGCAGAGACUUGACAGGUGGUGGAGCAUUAGGAAUUUUAGGUUAUGCUGGUACUGAUGCCUCUGAAUUAGGUUGGGAAAUUCAACAAGACUUUGAAGAUUUUGUUGAUCCACCUGCCACUUUGGAGAAUGUAACUACUAGGGCUUUGUCUAGUCAUCCAAUGAGGCCUUUCUUCUUGGUUGGUUCAGGCAAUACACACAUUUACUUGUGGGAGUUCAAUAAAGACAAAGCUACUGCUACAUAUGGAGUGCUGCCUGCUGCCAAUGUCCCUCCACCUUAUGCUCUUGCAUCAGUUUCAUCUGUACAGUUUGACCACUUUGGACACCGGUUUGCCAGUGCUGCAUUAGAUGGAACUGUCUGCACGUGGCAGCUGGAGGUAGGAGGAAGGAGCAAUGUUCGUCCAACAGAAUCAUCCCUCUGCUUUAAUGGUCAUGCAUCGGAUGUCACAUACUUUUCUUCAAGUGGAUCAAUAAUAGCUGUGGCUGGAUAUAGCUCUAAUGGUGUUAAUGUGGUCAUAUGGGAUACUUUAGCUCCGCCUACAACUUCUCGAGCUUCCAUUUUAUGUCAUGAAGGUGGAGCUCGUUCUCUUUCUGUAUUUGAUAAUCAUGUAGGAAGUGGUUCUGUUUCCCCCCUUAUUGUGACUGGUGGUAAAGGCGGUGAUGUUGGACUUCAUGACUUCCGUUUUAUAGCUACUGGAAAGGCUAAGCGGCACAGGCGUAAUGAUAACGUUGUGCAAAGCUCUAUCACAUCUUUGACUUAUGACAAGGACCAGAAUGUAGAUGGAAUGCUUUGGUAUAUUCCAAAGGCUCACUCAGGGAGUGUCACAAAAGUAGUUACCAUCCCAAAUACCAGCUUGUUUUUGACUGGAAGCACAGAUGGAGGUGUCAAACUCUGGGAUGCCCAAAGCACAAAGUUAAUACAUCACUGGUCAAAGAUACAUGAAAAGCACACCUUUCUGCAGCCAAGCUCUCGGGGAUUCGGUGGUGUUGUUCGGGCUGCUGUUACAGACAUACAAGUUGUUUCCAAUGGUUUUUUCACAUGCGGUGGGGAUGGAACUGUAAAGCUGGUAAGGCUGAACAGUCACCUGCAUGGCUGAGGUAAGGUGUUGAACUCUACUAUGCGGCAAAUGAUUCAUGAAAGGUGUCAUCAAUGAGUGGUCAUUAUCAUUUUCUGGAUUACUAACUCCAACAAUUUGCAUAAGAAAUGUGCACAUGGCUAGCCAGUAGCCACCAUCUAUUAUGAAAAGGAUACUUCAUUGGUAUGUUCAGAAAUCCAAAGGGUCUGCUUAACUUCAUCUGGGACACGAAAUAGUCCUUAAACUUGGGGCAAGCAAUCCAUCCAGGAACAUGAACAUCUCAUGCUAGUGAACCAAAUUGCUUCUUUGAACACAAUGCAUGGGGUUCAUUUUGAUUCCAGUCAUUCUUUCUGCAUAGAAAUAAACUUAGUCAGUGGCCGGCAUAGAAUUCUCUAAGUUAUUAAUACAUCGAGCCUGGCAAAAUAUCUGAGAAAAAUAAGUUUUGUUUUUGGUGUAUAUUACUCGUGUCUAUUAGGUCCCCUAAUUAGCUUUGUUUUGUGUAUAUAUUGAGGAGUGGAACUAGAAGAAAAUUAUAAUAUGAUUCAUUACUUUUGG